UAAGUGAAUUAUGACCAUUUUAAAAUAUUAAUAUUUUACAUACCCACAUAACUCACUUAAAAAUUUAAACGUCAUACUUAUAAAAAAACCGACGAAAAAACACAACAGAUAAUGCUCUUACAUUUAAGACUUAAGUUAAUGACACAAAAUUGAACUGCUGGAAGUGCAUUUUGAAACCUGUAUUAAUCGUUUGGAAGAUGGAGACAAUUUUGUCAAUACAUAUUGUGUUGGUAUGAAGUCCUCUUAAUUGUAAAAAUAAUGUUUUUUUCAGAAAAUAGUUAUCAUUACAAAUUCAGGAAAAAAAAUGAUACCAUUCAAACUGUUAACAAGCAACUUAUGGUUUCACUACGAUUACAACCCUAGAUGUCCGCUUGCACCGGGUAUGAACGCCAAACUUACUAUAACAUUUAAAUGUACGUCGAUGGAAGAUAAAUACGAACUGAUAUCAUUAAUGACGGCAGAGAAUAAAAAAACUAACAUUCUCGUCGGAGCGGUAAACGCGUCACCAAUACUUCACUAUACUCUAGAGUGCUAUGAUGACAUGAAAACCACAGACUGUAAAAAACUAUCUCUUCUAAAACCAUCAAGUGUCUGCUUCUUCGAGUGCAAUGCUUGUCUAGUGGGUGCUCGUAAGACUACGAUCAUCAAGAUAAAAAACGUUGGACGAUCAUCAAAAUUUAUUUUAGUUCCCGAAGACGUAUGGUAUACAAAAUCAGUUGAAGACGUUGAAUGGAAGCGAACAAUGAUUUUAGGUGCAUUUACAAUCACACCGUCAAUAUUCGAGAUUGAUUUUGAACAGACAAUGGAACUCACUGCUGUAUUCGAGCCACGUUUGUCAUCAUUUUACGUAUGUCUCUACUUUAUUUUAAUUUUAAAGUUUGAACUUUCAAAAUUUCAGAGAAACUUUAACGAUUUAAAUAAUAAUUAAUAAUACUAAUAACAUUAAUAUAAUAAUAACUACUCAUACAACUGCUUAUUCACUUGUGGAACAAAUAUAAACGUGGAACAAUGCGAAACAUUUUGUCAAUAUCUAACAAAACUACUAGGUCCAUAUAUUGUAAAUAGCUUAAUAAAAAUUUUAGUCAGGUGGGGAGUGUGCUGUGCGACGUUUGAUUUAUAUAACUUAUAUAUAAUAUUAUUAUCUGAAAUAAUGUGUUUGUCAAAGAGUCGUCAGCGCUGCACUUAAAAAAAUAUAUAAUACAGUCCAUUUCAAGGAAUCAAAUCGGAGCGUAUUUUAUAUAUGUAUUCCUGUUUGGUCCAUGAGCAGUAAUCCGAUUAACCUUUUUAAAAUUAUUAGUAAGACAAACGAGGUAUUUUUGUUAAAAUAAAAAAUAAAUGAUAAAGUUUGAAUUCCAGUAGUCUUACAGCUCCGAAAUGUCCAAACCUUGUAGGCGCUAUUAUAAAUUUAUAUAUGUUUGUCUUAAACGAACUUACUAACAAAGAUAUAAAAUAAAAAAACCUUCUAAAUAAACAUACAAUUUAAGAAGGCGCUACACCCACAUGCAUUGUCUCUCUCUGACAAACGCAUAACAUAGGUAGCAAAUUGUACGUUCUGAAUAAUCUGUUUAACUCUGUUAUGACUAAUAUUGGAUCGAAUUGACCAAUUAUAAAAUAUAGAAGUAAGAAUGUUAUCUAGUGAACAUCGUAGGUUUUUUUAGACUUUAAUUUUAAAGCAAGUUAUGAGUAUUUUAAAAUAAACAAUUUACAGUUUUAAAGUAGAGUUAAAUGGAUUAUCCAGAACGUACAAUAUUUGCCAUGUUAGGCAUUUGUAAGACGGAGACAGCGCAUGCGUAGCGUCUUCUUAACAUUAAUUUACUUCCAAUCAGAAACAAGUAAUUACUGUUUUCAUAAAAUAAGACCUAUCUAAAAUAUAUAAUGAUAAUUAUUUAUAUAAAAAAAAAGAUAACCAUCAGAAUCUUAAUAAGUAAGGUAUUCAUAUUGAAAAUAUGUCACAAUUAAAAUAUAUUAUAAACUAAGAACUUUUAAAAUAAAAACAAUCGUUUGUUUCAAAUCUCGUAUUUUUUGCGAUGGUUAAAUCGAUUUUGUAGUUAAUUAUAGUGGCCUGAAAAAAGUUAAGAUUUUUUCUGAAUAGUAUUUAAUAAUAUUCGCUUGACAAAAUACACAAAUAUAAUUUGAAAUUAAUAGAUUUAAUGUUUAACAUAAAAAGCUAUAAAAAAAAAAACUUUAUGAAUCUAAGAUUUAGUAAAAAUACCUUACACUGUGUAAACAAUAAAACACUAACAAUUAAACAAACGGUUUUUUUUUUUUUCAGGAAAUUAAAUGUUUCCAUAGAUAACAUGGUCGUGCUUAAUUAGUUUUUAGAGUCAUAAAUCUUAAGUUCAGUCGGUAAUUCAAUUUAGUUGAAACAUUUUACAGUGCGUACCUCUUGAGCUGAACUACAAGCAUACAAUUUAUGAUCAAAUCCCAUUUAAUUUUACAAUUAUUUCAAUACUAUCGGUUUGAAAAUUAGUAUCAUUAUUACUUUUGAUUAUAUAUUUUAAUAUUCGAAUUACGUCAGCCAUUUUUAGUUAAGCACCGUGAUCAUUUGAUAAGUAUUUGGUUUUAUUUUCAAAUGUAAUACUAUAUAGUGUUGACCUGUAAUUUUCAAGCAUUUAUUUGAAAUAUUAGUACUUUGAAGUUCAGUAUGUUCUCGAUAAAAUAACAAUGAAAGCCCCAUAAAAAUCUUUUAUUUGUCUAAAUAUAAUAAGUUAUUACUCGUUUUUCAAUAACUCAAAUUUUGUUUGUCCCCUUAGGCUUUCCACUUAUGGGAUUCGAAGGCGUAUUGACUAUUAUAAUAUGCUUUUUCCUCAAAAGUUAUGGUUAGAAACUUGUUAAUAUUACUAUUAUUAUUACUAUGACUCCUAUUGGCUUUAUAAUAUUAUUCAUCCCUUAUUUCGUUUCUAUUCAGAUCAAUGUCGUAUGUUGUACGUGUCUAUUUUAUGAAAUAUAUCCUCAUUACAUUAAAAAUACACACAUAUUGUUUCGCCGGUCUUACAUGUAGAAGCUAUUUACAUUUGGCACAUGUUCAAACGCCAUUGAGAUGUUUCUAUCUACUUUGACUUUGUUUACACGUCGAGUGCUUACAUAAUAAUAGUCAUAUCCACAUGCUUACCGCCUGUUCCGUUACAUAACUUUUCCAAAGAUGAUCUUUCAUCUCGAACCUGAGUUGACUGUAUUGUUACAUAUGAAUAAUAAAAAUAAAAGUUUUCUCGGUUAUCCAGUCGAGAUUAAUCCCAAGUAUUCGUUCUAUAUUUGUCUUUGCAAAUGCUCGUAUGGCAAUAACGGUUCUAUCCGUGUUCCCAGGUGUGCCGGGAAAUUAUUUGAAACUUUAAGACGUCUGAUUUUUGUAAUACGCUGUGGAAUGGUCUAUAUUAAAGUCGGUCCUUUGCGUCCGUUAAGACAUUAAGAACCUGCGUCGUUCUGUUUUAGUGUGAACCAAACCACUAUAAAAGCAAAACCCCACACGCACACACACAUACAUUUAGACAAAGAAUGAUGGAUACUGUACAAAGUUGUAAAACGUUUACCGCUUACGUUCGCCUCGAGUUAUACUGAAACGUUUUGUCGUCGCACUCGGGUUCGAAGACACCUAAUUCGCCCACGUGAAUCCGUAGCAAUAAAUGUACAUAAUAAUCUACACAUUAUAUAUAGAGACUGUAAUAAUAAAGUUAUACCGAUCGUUGGGAGGGAUGUGUCACGUUCACCACGGCGUGGCGUGCCAAUUGUCUCGGUCGAAGACGCGACGCGCCCUGCCCCGCGAUGAACCGCGCAUUCCCCCCCCCACACCAUCGACCCUCUCAACCAAACAAAAAUCGAUAACCAACCAACGUAUCCGACGUUGUGUUUUUUUGGGUUCGCAGUGUACCAGAUUUAUAAUCGUGUCGGACAAUUCGUGCGCGCAAGAAGUGAACGUGUUUGGCGAUGGUCAGAUGUUUGGCGCUCGGAGCGUACGACUCACGGUAAGAAGCAGGACGUGGCGGUGGGCAGGGACAACGAAACCGCUACAAAGCUACCUAACCAUAUACCGUCCACCGGCGUGUGUGUAUGUAUAAUAUUUUUACCUUUACUGCCGUAUAGGGACUGGGUUUGCUGUGCACCGAGGCGAAGGCAGGAAGUUACGUGCUCGACAUGGGAAAAAUUGGCGAGGUCGUCCGGUACGUGUACGCGAAAAACACGAGGUACAGCCAAACGCGCUAACGGAUAACCCCACGCGACCGGCACGACGACGGUCAUUUAGCGAUAUGUAUGUGUGUAGGUAUGUGUGUGUGUGUGUGUGUGUGUGUGUGUGUGUGUGUGUGUGUGUGUGUGUGUGUGUGCUUGUGUUUUGCGUGUGUAUAUAAUCGUCGUAAAAUUUCGGAUACUAUGAUACAAUUAUUAUAAUAUUAUGUUUUUCUAGAACCGAUUCCCGUGUAGUCGCAUGAGCUGGGGGGCAUUAGGAUCUAGUGGAUGGAUGCAGGUGUGUGUGUUUGUAUUUGACUUGAGAAAAUGGAUGGAACGCACGUGAUAAAGUUAAAACCUCGCACAGCGUGUAUAGGUAUACUGUGCACCCCGGUAUACCACUCGCGUGUUCCCUGCAGGCGGACCACAGUAAAUUUUAAAGCGAUCGCUAAUCGCAAUUCCAAACAAGAAUGUAUAGUAAUAACACGGCACAUACGACACGAAAACCAAAACGGUUAUAGGUACGCUGUAUGCACACGUUAUAUAGGUAUUGUUGUUAUAUUAUAAUGUCAUGCAAUGAGAAAUAUGUGUUGUUUGAAAGCGUGGUUUUAAUCAAUCCAACACAAUCGCCGUUUAACAAACGUGUAAGCGACGUUUAUUACGUCGGAAAACUACUUAUAUAUUAUAUAUUUAUACACCCCUACACGUUUAAAUUUUUAAUGAAGAAUCAAUUUUUUUUUAUUUUUAUCCAUCCCGUAUAUUGGUUUAAUUUGUUACGUCAUCCAAAGUUAUGGCGGUACGACGAACAAUAUUUACUAUAAUAAUCUAAGUUUGUACCUAUAUCCCCAACACCCGCAAUUUAAUGAUAUAAACUCAGAACCGCAGAACCUAUACGAAUAAAAUUAUAUUACGUGUAUAAAUAUGGAUAAAAUUAGGUGUGCAGUCUAACGUACAAAUAUGUGAACUCUGAAUCGCUAAUAUUUGGUGUUGCUUUGUAAUCCGAAGACACAAAAGCCAGCAUUGAAAAUACUAUCUUCCGCGUAUAAAAUAUCGGCAUCGAUUUUGAGCCACUUACAAAGUAUAUUUUUUUUUAUUGUUCAAGAUGAGAAAAAAUUAAAUCUUGUGGACUGUAGAUGAAUUGUACGUAGUAGAAAUCAAAAUGAUGUUCUGUUUUUGACAUGACGAAAAAAAAUAACGGCUGUGAUAUAUUUUAAAAGGGAAACUGAAUAGAUAAAAUAUAAAUACAAUGUCAAAACAAGACGAAGUUUUCCUGGUUUUUUCUACCACAGUCGUCGUCAUAAUAUUAUCUUAAUCAACAAAUUGCCAUGUUUAAUAAUUGGAGAACCAAUAUGAUGAAAAAAAAACAUUAUUAUUACAUUUUUCACCAAGAUAAAUAUUAU